AUGGCGUCUAAACUCGCCCCGGUCUUCCUUCGAAGGGCAGCCCGCCCGGCAUACCGAGUACCUCGAUCACAGUUCCGACCCUUCACAGCCGGUAGCUCUAGAAGAAGUGAGACUCUCGCAGUGUUGCGAAAUAGACGGAUGCUGCGGAAGCUUGCCUGUCAAACUAGCUUUCCUCCCUUCGUUAUAUUCGCUCUCGAUACCUACCUGAGCAGCUUAAGGCAACUUAAAGCCCUCGUCAGCUUUAUCUAUAACACCCGAAAUACGUCCGAUAACAAUCCCGAGAUACCAUUCAAGUUCUCAGCUCAGAAUGAAGAGGUCAUCGCUCAGAUCCUAAAGCGCUAUCCGCCCCAGUACAAGAAGGCUGCUGUAAUGCCGCUGCUCGACUUGGGCCAACGCCAACACGGCUUCACAUCCAUAUCGGUCAUGAACGAGAUAGCGCGGAUCCUCGAGAUGCCCCCCACACGUGUAUACGAAGUCGCCUCUUUCUAUACUAUGUAUAACCGGACGCCGGUUGGCAAGUUUCACGUCCAGGCGUGCACUACGACACCCUGCCAACUUGGCGGAUGCGGCAGCGACGCGAUCGUGAAAGCGAUCAAAGAGCAAUUAGGCAUCAAGCAGGGCGAGACGACGCCCGACGGACUAUUCACAUUUAUCGAGGUAGAAUGCCUCGGUGCUUGCGUCAACGCGCCCAUGAUCCAGAUUAACGACGAUUACUACGAGGACUUAACACCCGAGUCUACUAAGAAGCUACUGGCCGGCCUUAAGGAGAGCGCUACAUCACCAGGCGCCAAGGUACCGAAACCCGGUCCGCAGAGUGGCCGUGAUACUUGCGAGAACAGUGCUGGCCAGACGAACUUGACGAGCGAGCCGUGGGGUAUCGAGACUACGAGAAGCGAUCUGUAA